AUGUCUGUGACCGUGCCGGAAUUCGAUUUCAGAUUGACGCCUCGAUUUGGUUUUUCGCCGAUCGGGGAGCAGAGUUUCGCCGAUGCCGAUAAUCUGGAGCACUGUGUAAAGUACUUAAAUCAGAGCUUAGUCACUUACGGAUUCUCUGCCUCGCUCGACCUCUUCGCUGCCGAUCCUGUUUCGAUUGCGAGAACUUGCAAUUGCAUAUACGCUUUGAAAAUCUUAGACUAA